AUUGGAAAUAAAAAUACUUUGACUUUUUAGUGAACUCUUGCUAUACUGAGAAUCUUGACCUAACUAUAACCUCUCGAGCCUCAAAAAUCUUCUCGUUACUCUAGUAGUUAAUUCUUUAGACUCUCGUCAACAUAAUAACUAAUACUUUACCGAUCAGAAGAAAAUAUUAAGACUCAAAAUAAGCCUAAUUUCCAGAUUGCAAUCUCAAUCAGAUUCUCUUUGUUGGCUUUUCCAGAGCUGCAUCACAUACCCAACUUGUUAAGAAUGGAGUGAAAAUGAGGAUAUUUUUUCACACCUUUGCUCCAGCUCAUCUUUGUCUUGCAAGGAGUCCAGAUCAAGUUAAACUUUACUUCGUGAUGAAGUAUUGAUCUACCUCCCAUGUGCCUGGUCUUGUCAUGCUGAAUUUGAUUAUAUUGUUUUGUUAUGAAAGCGUAGCCUCAUAGGUUCUUUAACCAAAAAAAUCCAUUUCUCUGCUACAGGGGGCAACAACUAAUAAGCUCUGUAUUUUAUAAGAUUAACAAGUUAAUAUGGUAACCAGAAGUGAAACUCUUAUUAGUUAUGAGAUAUCUUAGUUUGCAUCUGUUUACAACCAUCUCCAAAUGAUACCAUUGACUAAACAAGAGACCUCCAAAUGACACCAUUGACAAAACAAGAGAUCUUUUUCUGGAGCUGACUCCAAUUGUCUCCAUAUUCUGGAUGUUGCCUCCAGUGUACAACUCUUGGUACGUGUGCAAACUGACCAACCCACAAUAAAUGCAUAACUAAUAUAUGGACAUAUGUGAAAGAGGAUAUCGGUUUUUCCCCAAGCCUCUAGUAUCAUUCCAUAUCAAUAAGAUCUCUAUUACUACUUUCAAACAAUCUCUUUGAUAAGGAAAAUUGGCAAGGUCACUCUGUAGCAUUCCUGCCUCGAAGUGGUCUGACAUGCUUUAUAUGAUAUAAAUCUGCCUUUCCUAGACUUUGCGACUUCAAUUCUAAAGAAAUACCAUAAGCUACCAAAUUCUUGACCUUGAAAUCCUUUGCCAAAUUGAGCCCCAAAGUUCUCUAUAUUUACAUCUAGACUCUUUCCGAACAAGACAGUGUCAUUCAAGUAGUCUUCUCUGAAGAGCACUGAUGCAUAAGCUUAAUUCUCUUGAUAAGCUGAAUAAGUUACUUGAUGCGUGUAAAAGACUCGGAGUGCAAACCAGUCCAAUGAUUAUAGAUGGCUUGGGAAUCAUUCCUUUAUUCUCUUGGUAUCAUGAGAGCUUUGAUAAAGAGGAGGACAUAACCGAAGUUUUCAUUCCGUCUCUGGAGAUGGCAUGCAAGGACUUUCACGCAUGCAAAUGGCCUGAGGAACUUUCAAAUAGAGAUACUUCCCUUGCUCUGUACUUUGAUGCAAUGAACGAGAAGAAUCAAGAUUUGAUCAAAGAAAUUCAGAGUGAAUGUAGCCAAAUAAUUACAUUCUCUCACUUUCUUCCCAGGCAAGAGUUAUGUCCGGAGAAGAGGAUGCUGUUCUAUCCAAACCUCCCAAAAAUCAUCGGCUCCGAUUUUCUUGAGGUUCGCCUAAGAUCUAUACACGGAGCUGAAGGAAGUGCAUCUGCAUGUCAUGUGUUUGGUCAUACCCAUUUCUGCUGGGAUUCCAUGCUUGACGGUAUCAGGUAUGUACAAGCACCAUUGGCCUACCCAAGAGAACGUAAAAGGAGAAUGAAUGGAGGUGAAGAUUGGCUGCCAUUUUGCAUCUAUUGUGAUGGAAAAUUUGCUGAUAAACUUAUGGCCUGUUUCUGGUCUGAAUACUACUCCACCAACCCAAGAACGCCGCACAACACUCAACUCGCCCCUUGGGUUGCUAGAUUUUAUAAACGAAGAUAACACUAGAAUCUCCCCAAAAUUCUUCUAAAUGCUCCCGCUCCCUCGUGGCAACUGCAUAUUAAUUUAAUGGACAAGGUGACAUGUAAUGAUUUUCUACUUGCCCAUUUUGUUCUCUAAUUUCUUUGAAACUUGUAAUAAAGCAAUUUAUCAGGGUACGAAGAUCAGGAAUGAGGCUGAGAAGAUUCAUUACUAAACGAUUUACACUCUUAAAUCUUAGAAAUUAAUUGAAAUUUCGUUUAUAAGUGAGAA